UGCUCCGGAAGUACUGAGGUACUCUGACGGUUGUGUUGAAUGUGUCGCAGCGAAGCGGUGACUGGAACUGGAGCCGUCGCCGUCGUAUUUGACUGGGAACUCGAGCGUGCCUGGAGGCCGGGCAUCGAGAACCUGUUGGCCCCGGCUGGAAACCAUGUCCGAUUCCGAGUCUGAGAAUUACUCGUCGGAGGAGGACGAGGAUUACGAGCCUUCAGCAGAUGAAGAUUACAGUGAAGAUGAUGUCAAUGACCUAGUGAAAGAAGAUAAUUUAGAUGAAGAUGAACAACCCCAGAGAAAGAAAUGUUUGAAGAAGGCAGGAAGAGGAACAGCUUCCAGGAAAAGAAAACAAGAGGGAAUGUGUUUGCAGCGUGAUGAUGUGGGAGGAGGAGAGGCUGAUGAGCUUGCUGAAACAACAGUAGACGAAGAUUUGAAAGAGAAGAAGAAAGCAGAUGAUCUCUGGGCCAGCUUUUUGAGUGAUGUCGGUCACAAGCCUAAACCUGUAACCACCACUCCAACUUCUAGCAACGAGGACAUACAGGUAGAUCAAGGGAAGUUGAGCAUACCUGCAGAUAUGGUGAAAAACCCAGAGAAGCCAAAAGCACCUGGAAAAGUCACAAUCACAAAAGUGUUUGAUUUUGCUGGAGAAGAAAUCAAAGUCACUAAAGAAGUGGAUGCUGCUUCCAAAGAAGCUAAAACCUUUUUGAAAAAUCAGAAUGCAGUACAGGAGAAAAGUUCGCCUGCGGCACCAGCAGCUUCAGAAACUGGAACCCCUACAGGUUCAGGAGUGAAGAGGCAAAGUGGGUUAGGUAGCGUUCUCGGAAAGAUUGGGGGAAAGAAACAAAAGUUGAGCACCCUAGAAAAAUCGAAGAUCGACUGGGAAGCUUUCAAAGAAAAGGAAGGGAUUGGUGAUGAGCUUGCAAUCUACAACCGAGGAAAAGAAGGAUACAUCGAACGGAAAGCUUUCUUGGACAGAGUCGAUCACCGGCAGUUUGAGCUGGAACGAGAUAUCCGGCUGAGUAACAUGAAGCCUUGACAUUAAUGUCCCAGACAGAAGUCCAUUGUUUAAAAUGAACAUGCAUCUACACUCUGCACAGUUUGCCAGUGUCCCGAGUGGUGAUGCUCUGUGACUGUACCAAAUGUAUUGUAAGCAGUGACAGUCUUUCCUUUGAAUUCCUUUAUGUUUUUAAUUGUUGACCUGCUGUUAAAAUAAAUGUUUUUUUUAAAAACUUAUCAACAGAUAAUCAGAUAGCAGCUAAUAGUGUGUCUCGGGGGGUUUUCUUAUUUUAAUGACUACAGCAAGUUCAACAAGGUGACAAAGAUUAUUACAAGUUUUCAAACUUAAUAUUUGGCCAGACUCGCGUUGAUGUUAGUUGGUAACAGUGCUGUUAGCUUUUGUUCUCCAUGGACAGAAAUAAAUAAUUGUACUUCAGCUUUGUGAAUUAUUUUAAUUUUUACAAUCUCAAUCAUGAAUUUGCUAAUGUGUCUAUAAAAAUUAAAAUGAAAAUUAAUUUGA